UGGCCCCAUAAAGGAGUUAUCGAUGUGUGUGUAAAUAAUUGGCCGGAGCCUUAAACCGGCCGGAAGAUUUAUUCGAGAGUCGCAAGAACAAAAAAGAUUUGGAUUCGGAAAAUCGUGUCUCGAGCCGAAUUUGACCGUUAAGCGUCGAGCUUUGCUUAACCUCGCCGGAGAAUAUGGCGGCACCUUCGCCGUCUCUGAGUAGCAACGGCCUUGCCGCCGCCGCCGCUACGCCUCCGAAGACAACCCUCCGUGGCCUCAACAAGCCCAAGUGUAUCCAGUGCGGCAACGUCGCUCGCUCCAGGUGCCCGUUUCAAUCUUGCAAAGGUUGCUGUUCAAGGGCAGAAAAUCCAUGCCCGAUUCACGUACUUAAAGCAGCUGCUGGGUCUGCUGAGAAGGCACAGGUCCAAAAUACUCUGUCAUCAGAGCAGAAAUCAUCUGAAGGAACUUCCGGGGCGACAACUAGACUUUCAUCAAUCCGACAACUUUCUAGCAACUUUGCUCAGUUUAAUAAACUGAACCGUCCAAGAAAGCCAUUGACGAUAAAGGAUGCAGUGGCAUUAAACGAGUGGCGGUUCUCCAAGUUAAAGGAAUACAGAGACAGAAACAUUGGAGAAGAAAACGAAGCUUUUGACCGGUACAUGAAGAACGUGAAUUUGCUUGAAGAGGUCUUUUCUUUGACAUCUGUUCCUGAAGAGAAUCCGGGCACGACAACUGAGCUGAAUGAUGACGAGAAAACCAUCUCAUGUCUGAAACUGAGGCUGAGAUCAGAUCCUGCAAGAGCCAAGAGAUUUAGAGAGCGGAUUCGGGAGGUUGUCAAUGAGGGUUUGGCGCAACUUCAAAAACCCGGGAAAGAUGAUCGUGUGGGUAAUCAAGAUGAACAACCCGAAAGACGGGGCAAAAGGGCGAAACGGGAAGAGAGAGCUUCGGCUUUGAGUGAGAUUAUCGAUAAGGUAAGCAAAGCAAGAACAGAGGAGGAUCUCAAAUCUUGCACAGAAAUGAAAUCGAAGCUCUAUCAUCGUCAUCCAACCCCCUCUCUCGAAGUUUCCGGAGAUGACCCGUCUGAGAAAAACAAAUCUUUACCGGGUUUCGUCAGACGAAUUGAGACGGGCGAAGAAACGCUUAAAAGAAUCGACGAACAAUUCUGUUCUCUCGAGCAGAUUGGAGGCUUAUUAUGAGCUCAGAGCACAGGGCAUUAUCACAGGAAUGGAUAGAUUUGAUCAGUUUACAAUCCAUCUUUGAUUGAUAUGCCAUAAUAUAUUCUGAAGCUACAAAGCUGGAAGAUGAAGAGUAUGAGCAAAGUUUCUGAACUGUUUCAGACCAAAGGCAAAGACAACUCCUAUGAUGUUUUUUUGGGGUUCUGCAAUGGAAGAUUCACCAUCCAUGACAAAGGGUUUAGUUCUUAUGGGACUUGUCAAUGGAGAUUGUAUAUAUAUAAUAUCGCCAUGGAUUUAUAUUUCAUAUUUGGCUUUUUACGUUAGAUUCUUGUUUACUUGGUUAGAAAUGGAAUGAUGAAUCUUUUCUAUAUA